CGCAUCACAAUAUGGGCCACAAAAUUGCAGAGCAGAUAGAAAUUGUCCACAGCACACUAUCCAAUGUAUUGCGUCCACGUGUCAGCGCAUUGUUAACUGCUUAUCUUCUAUCCCCUUCCACUCCCGCUUGGCUCAAACUCGGUAACAAGAAAAACCUCUGUUCUUCGUUUGCAAGAGCCGUUUUAUUUUAAAUUUAGAUUUUUUGCUUAUCGUAUUAAUAAAGAAGAUGGAAACUAGUAUUGUUAGCUCUGCUCGUGCAUCCAUAUUGCUCAAUGUCUCCUCACGACAGUAUUCCUCAACUUCGCUGGUCACGCGUUCUCGUCAUCCCCUUUUUGGUUCCAAGAAUUUGAUGACAAGCUCAAUAUUUGGAGUCUCUUUACGUUACGCGCCGAGAUCAUCGGUCAGAGUUUCCAAGGGAAAAAGUUCUGCACUGGUGACUAAAUGUGAAAUUGGUGAUAGCUUGGAAGAAUUUCUAUCAAAAUCGACAUCGGAUAAAGGGCUGAUUAGGGUAAUGAUGUGCAUGGGGGAAGCACUUAGGACGAUUGCGUUCAAAGUAAGAACUGCAUCUUGUGGAGGAACGGCUUGCGUUAACUCUUUCGGAGAUGAACAACUUGCUGUUGACUUGCUUGCUAACAAGCUUCUAUUUGAGGCAUUGCAAUAUUCUCAUUUCUGCAAAUAUGCUUGCUCUGAGGAAAUCCCUGAGCUUCAAGAUAUGGGAGGCCCAGCGGAAGUGGGAACUAUAUUUGGAGUGUGGCCUGGGGACAAGCUUACUGGGGUUACUGGUGCUCAACAAGUUGCUGCUGCCAUGGGCAUUUUUGGGCCCAGAACAACUUAUGUGCUUGCUCUUAAAGAUAUUCCUGGAACACAUGAAUUUCUCUUGCUAGAUGAAGGAAAAUGGCAGCAUGUAAAAGACACUACGUCAAUAGGAGAAGGAAAAAUGUUUUCCCCUGGUAACUUGAGGGCUACUUGGGACAACCCCAACUAUGCCAAGCUGAUCGACUACUACGUACGUGAGAAAUACACGUUGCGUUACACAGGAGGAAUGGUGCCUGAUGUAAAUCAGAUCAUAGUGAAAGAAAAAGGGAUUUUCACGAAUGUGACGUCCCCAUCAGCGAGAGCAAAGUUGAGAUUGCUGUUUGAGGUGGCACCUUUGGGAUACUUAAUCGAGAAGGCGGGUGGAUUUAGUAGCGACGGCAAACAAUCUGUGCUGGACAAAGUGAUUAUGAACCUUGAUGAUAGGACUCAAGUUGCUUAUGGAUCCAAGAAUGAGAUUAUCCGAUUCGAGGAAACACUCUAUGGAACUUCCCGCCUCAAUGUUGGUCAGCCUGUUGUUGGAGCUGCUGCUUGAGUCAGUGAGGACCAUAUCAUUUCUACUUACUUUCUUGUAAAUGCCUUGUGCCUACACAGACUCCUGGCAUUUUAAUAGAAAACACAGCUUCUCCUGGCAUUUUAUUUAGGUCGAAUUUCUUUUACACCCCAUUAUAUACAUGCACUUUCUUUCACAUUGUCCUAUAAAAAAACUUCUUUUCACCCCAAUACUCACAAAACUAUAUGCGAUAUAAAUCGAAUAUCCAAAAGAACCGCAUAAUUAACAAUUAUGCAAGAUUUUGUUGUAUAUAUACUAACGC